AGCUUUGAUCGUAAGCCUACUUGAGCCUGUAUAUGACACAAAUCUGCAACGAGCUUUGCUGUCAGCUGUAUGCUCUCCCAUUUGGGUGUUAUUCGACAUUUGACGCGUUACAAUCUGGCUAAAGUCGCCUGCAAUCUUGGAUUUACUUUCGACCAGUCAUACUGUUAAUGUAUUGGAGCUGAAAAAUUCCUGUCAGAAAAGUUUUUCGUUGCUUGUUGGAAGAUUAUGUGAUUGUUUUGUUGGUAGAUGCGUAAAGUAGUUUCGGUUUAAACCUCAACGUGCCAUAACAAGCAACUCCAGGACCUAAAUCGUAUUGCUUGCAUCAACCGUGAACGGAAAGACAAAACAAGACAAGAUACGUGAUACAACUUCUUCCAGGUAGCAUUGACUCUGCGCCUUCUUUUUCUUGCUCAUUUUUGUACAAGGCAGUCCUGAUCGAGCGUUGGCGUGUAAAAAAAAAAAAACGUCAGGUAUUUUCCGUGCACGAGUUGACGACUACUUCAAAAUGGUGGAUGUCAUAGUUAUAUACUGUUAAACCAAACUAGUUGGAUUUACAGGGACAAAAGGUGGAUUGUUUAGAAACAGCGGAAGCAAUCGUAUUCUAACCGGAAAACUGGUGCAAGGACUUCUUUAUCGCGUCAAUAUCCUGUUUCAUUAAAACGCGAUGGGUCCUUUUAAUACUGGCCACUCCUCUCACUUCGGUCAGCUGUUGAAAGGGCCGCAUGUCCAGCUGAAUGACUUUGUUGGUCUUUUCUUUCUGAUCAUCGGCCUGCAAUGCUACGCCGCACAAGAAACAUCUCGCCUCCGCCUUAUCAGUGGCGCAACCCCGAAUGAAGGUCGCGUCGAGGUUGACGUCGGUGACGGUCGAGGAUGGGGCACGAUUUGCGAUAACGGCUGGGGUUACAAUGACGCUUCGGUCGUCUGUAAACAGAUCGGUUAUCCGGCGGCGACCUUCUCGACCCCGGGAGCGCGGUUCGGCGGAAACCCGACUCUGCCAAUACUACUAGAGAAUGUAGCAUGCUCUCCGUCUCAUACCACAAUAGACGAAUGCCCAUCAGCUAACCCUUCCGCUUCUUGCGAUCAUACCAACGAUGCAGGGGUAAAGUGCAUGGUUCCUGGUUUCCUUGGCUGUUUCUCCCUACUCACCAUCGGUUCCCGGGCCUGGACUAUCCCCGAGAACUCAAACGACGCAUGCAAAGCCCAGUGCAAGGACCUGGACUACCGCUAUGCCGGUAUGUCAGGGACAUCGUGUAGAUGUGGGAACAACCGCCUGUUCUAUUUCUACAACCAGUACCCGGACUACUACUGCAAUUCCAACUGCAAGGGUGAUGCCACGCAGCUGUGCGGCAAUACUGUGAGCUCCUACUUCUCUGUGUUUGAUACGACCCUUGGUAUAUGCGAAGAUCCAGGAGAUCCUCAAAACGGCAACCGAACAGGAGAUGACUUCGCUUUUGGUGCUACAAUAGCAUUCACAUGCCUUGAUGAACACGUGCUCACUGGCGAUCCCAUCCUGCAAUGCGUGCUAGGGAAUUCCCCGCAUGACGUCAGAUGGAGUGGAAAUCUACCAGAAUGCGUGAUUCCAACAUCAACACAACAAGGCGCUAUGGAAAUGAGGACUUCUACAAUAGUUGACGUCACAAUCGAUCCGAUGAUGUCCUCUGAGAAUCCCAAUGCUCCUCAAAAUAGUCAGACUUUAUCAUCGGGCGCUAUAGCAGGAAUUUCGGUCGUAAUGGUGAUGAUCAUCAUCGCGUUUGUCAUCUUAGCUGUACUAUAUGUUUUGAAAAAGAAAAAGGAGGCGAAGGAAAGAGCUUCCGAGUUGCAUCCAGAAGUGUUGAACCAAAAAUCGGACUCUGUCGAAAAUGUCUAUGAAAUAAACGAAUCCAAUGUAACGGGAAGUGAAACUGAUCUGCCGCCCUCUACGACCGGCGGACAUACAGUCGACGCAAGGAAUACUGCUGGGAACAUGAGCAACGGACAACCUCCAAGAGCACUACCCAGUAUACACCUGUAUGCCGAUGUAACGCUUCCCCCCGAGGAUAUCAUCAGUCCAACGUCGGACUACGGCACUGUGUACUACGCCAGCGAUGAAGACAACAAGGAGUCGCCUGCCCGCAACCCCGGCGAUAGCGUUGACGAAACACAACAUCAAGAUCGCGACAAAAAGUUUUAUUUUGUUCUUGAAAGUGCCCUCCCGAAUGAUCACGCCGAUAAGGGUCAAUGUUCGACACAAAAACCUCAAGUCAAGGCCCGAGCUCCAAAAGGGAGAUUUGUCAAGAAGCCUCCUCGCAAUGCUCCAAAGAAUGUGGAAACUUUACAUAACCAAGGCACCUCUGCAGACAACAUUCCGCACGCGAAUCCCAGUUUUGAAGGCAGCUUCGUUCCCGAAAGCGAAUCAGCUCGCGUUGAUGUUUUACCGGGAGUGGGCGCUGUAACAGAACAAACUGGCGCAACGUUACAACAUGAGCCCAAAUCCCCCGAAUCCCCUAAAUACGUUAAUAGCGAAUUUCACGACGCGCCAAAGAACCUAAUCGAAAAUACCUUGUACAAACCAUCAGACUUUAAAUCGACCGAAGCAGCUGAGAGCAAACAAACAUUGUGUGUGCCAAAUCCAAAGACGCGUCUCCGGAACAAUUCGGAGUCCGAAGCCACGCCGAAAUCUCCACCGUACGCGAACUCUGACCCCAAGAGACGAAGGUCAACAGGUGAGCCCAAAGGUCAAGUUGUAAGGUCAGAACAAGACGAAGGACAAGAAGCAUCAACGCCGUCAAUUACAAGUCCCCUUUAUACUAAUACUGAAUUUCACGCAGUGCCAGAUAAUAUGAUAGACAAUGAACUCUACAAGUCGUGCACUCCGGGAAAAUAGAUGUCUUCGCCAAUGACAGCGCUUAACCCUGAACCUGCUGCAACAGGGUGGUCCCCGUAUUAAGCCUAUGGAAACUAGAGAAUACAGUAGUCAAGAGCAUGAACAGGUUAAAUGAACAACCAACCCCUAUAACGAUUGUGUCUGGCAUGUUAACUCUACUUUUUUUUUCAUACUUUAUUAUGAUGUAUUCUGGCUACAGCCAACGUUCGUUCGUUCGUGUCUCCUUAGACC